AUGGAAGUGGCGAGACGCCUGGGGGAGAGUGAAGCCCACGACCUGAGGACUGCAAGAAAAGACUCCAGAGCCCGAUUACACUUACUAUGCGGUCGGGGUGGCGUCCCCAACGAUAAGGGCGCUAUCGCCUUUUGCUCUCUGCUUGCGCUCUUUACCGGCGUAAGCAGAGAGCAAUCCGCGAAGGUCGCAUUGCUGGACGGACGGUGGACUUAUACUCUUCGACAAAUGCUACUUGAAUAUGCGUCCUGGGAUCUGCUUACAAAUUUUAAGAGCCGCGACCUGGAAAGUGGUGGAUGCGCCGCUGGUGAGGACGGUGGAUCCUUGUCGUUGGAUAUCCUGCCCAUUUCUCAUUGUCGAUUUGGGGCCACUGAGUGGAUGGACGGGUGGAUGGAUGAAUGGGUGGAUGGAUGA